UGUAUGAUCUAAUAGCUUUUCUAAUUAUGAAGUUAUAAAGUCUAACGGAGGUAUAAAAUGAAAAUUUUAAAAUCAGUAGAACGAAAGGGUGGUCCCGUAAAGAAUCCACCAGGGUUUAAAACAGUUUAUUUUGUGCGACAUGGAGAGAGCACAGCUAAUGUGCGUCAAGAGACCGACCCUUAUGACAGCGCUACCAACCCGGUAUAUCGAGAUGCACCACUCACUGCAUACGGAGUAAAGCAAGCUAAAGAAUUAGAUUCCAUAACUAAAACUUGGAAUAUAGAGUUAUUAGUGGCGUCUCCGUUAACGAGAGCCUUAAUGACCGCUUCGUACGCCUUUCAAAACACAGUUAAGAAUAAUGUCCCUUUCAUUGUGCUUCCUCUCGUAAUGGAGUUUUAUCCCAACUUAAUUGAGAAUCAAGGUAAACUAAAAGAUGAGCUCAAUAGAGAUCCUAAACUGAACAGUCUGGAGCGUUUUAAAGAUGUUGAUUUAAGCCAAUUAUCGAGUGGUGAAUGGUGGAAUAUUUGCGGAGACAGCAGUCGUCUCGACCAACUCACUACUUUUCUCCAAAAGCGUUCCGAAAAAAUAAUAGCCGUUGUGUCUCACUGGGGAUACAUCCAUAAUCUAAUUCAGGAAUGGGGCUAUGGCUCGUAUUCUUUAGCAAAUUGCGAGUGGAUACGGACUACGUGGGAAUUUCAUAAGGGGGCCAUCCCAAAAUUAAAUUUAGGUGCAAACUCGCAGAACAAACGCUACUCCUUAUUUCUGUUGCCGGCUGGUAACCAUAACAACAACGGAUUGCUCUGCGAAAUUUUAUCUCUUUAUAAAGAAAUGCUCAUCGAAGAAAAGUUAUCAAAGUCGGAAACGUUAAAAUUUGGCAGAAUCUUUUACGUCCCUUUAACCAAAUUUAUUGCUCUUUCUGAAGGUACGAUCAAAAAGUUAGCUACUGCUUUUAAAACUACUCGAGACAAGGCAGUCUCUCAAGGCAAAACAGAACAGUCCGCUCAAAAGUGCGAUGACUUGAACAACCCGUUAGGAAAAUUUCCAAAGGUUACUCUAGUGGACCCAAACCCUCAAUUUUAUAAAUUGAUAGGAACUGAAAAGGAAUAUCUCAGCAUACGAUUCCGCUCGAAAUUUCUGCAAAGAUUUUUGGUAGAUGUCGCUCAAUUUCUGACCAGGGGAAACCUUGCUGAAAAAGAUGAGGAGCUUCAACGAUUUCUAAUUUUGCUUCGACAAACCACCGAAAAGGAAUUUUACGAGGCCGAGAUUGUCAACUACCAGGACGACGAUGUCCACUCAGAUACUUUCUACAAGCUCCUACAGCAUCGGCCCGCCCUAAAAGGUGCGUUUAACGGCGGGCCCUACUACGCUUGGGACUAUUUGUUCCGGAUCUUGACCUUCCGGAUAUCCCUUGUGUCCUGCAUGUACGUGCAAGACGAGUGUUGUCCAGAGACUUUUGCGGAGGAGUAUCCCCACUCAUUUCCACUUUUUUGA